AGCGAAGAAGGCACGAGCGCGCCAUCCCACGCCACCUCACCUCCGCUCGCCCGGCUGCUGCCUGGCCUCAAGGGCCGGCUGGAGACCCACGGAGGAGGAGGAGGAGGAGGAGGACGGGCCAGGAUCCGAGGGGCCGGGCCGGAGCGGAUCGGGCGGCGGCGGCGGCGUCGAGCGGCUGCGCUGCGCCCUCCCCUAUUGUCUCCGCUCCGGCUCGGGACUGGCUCGGGCGGCCGUCGGCGCGGCGCAGCGGGCUCGAGGCGCCAUGGUGGCUCGGAGCACAGACAGCAUUGAUGCAACAGGCGAGGGACAAGUCCGUACUUUGGGCAACGCUACCAGUAACCUCAAGGGAAAACCAAUCAAGAGGCUUUCUAUCACACGAGGCCAUUUCCCCAAGCUGACUGAAUGUGCCCAUUUCCACUAUGAGGCCGUGGACUUCGGACACAUCCAGCUUCAGUUUGCACCUGAUCAAAAUGAAAACCUCAACAGUUUGGAAGAGGGAAGCCUUUUAUUCCCUGUUCAGGUUACCUGUCAGGGGAAAAGCUGGCAGGUACAUCGCAGCUAUGAGGAAUUCCGCACCUUGGAUGCUCAUCUCCAUUGCUGUAUCUUUGACCGGCGUUUCUCUCAGCUUCCUGAAUUGCCUCCCCUCAGCCAUGUGCAAGCUCAUCCUGAGCUCCUGGUGCCCAUGCUUUCACAAUAUCUUGAGAAGCUUUCUGCUAUUGUGGAUAGCAAUAUCAAUUGCAGCCCAGUUCUCACCUGGAUGGAGCUUGAUAAUCACGGCAAUCGACUCUUGGUGAAUGAAGAAGCUUCUAUCAAUGUUCCUGCCAUUGCAGCUGCUCAUGUGGUUAAACGUUACACAGCACAGGCCUGCGAUGAGCUCUCUUUCGAGGUUGGAGACAUAAUUUCCGUGAUUGACAUGCCCCCCAAGGAGGACAGGAGCUGGUGGCGUGGGAAGCAUGGAUUCCAGGUGGGUUUCUUUCCCAGCGAAUGUGUGGAACUAUUCUCAGAACGUCCCAGCCCAGGAGUCAAACCAGAUGCAGAGGGGACAAGCUGUGUCCUUCCCACGACUCAUGGCCUCCUGUCCCCGACCUCAGAUCGCAAGGUGACCGUCUCACCACGGCUCCCUACAGAGAAAGAGGACAAAGAAACAGGUCUCCCCAAAUUGCGUUCCCUGAGACGCCCACAUUCCAGCAGUGAUGCUUUCCCUACCCUCAAACAAUGCCACUCGUGUUCUUCUCUGGGUUCUUCUGUGUCUGGCCACGGUGAAGGCUUGGCCACUGGGACAGACGAUGUGGCCUCCCGUCGGCGUUCCUCUUGGCUGGAAGGGGACUCGGAGCUGGACUCGGAGUUGGAAUUGAGUCCUCCUGGCCUUCGUGGGCUGGACUUUGACCCGCUAACGUACCAGUGCAGCCCUCCUGUGCCACAGCCAUCCCUCUCGGACGACUCCAGCUCAGGGAGUCCUGUUGCGGCUCUCUCGCCCUGCUCACAUCCCAACGUCAGCCAAGAUGCGUCAGAAACGUUGUCUGUUUCCUUGCCCGACAAAGUGCUGGAAAUGUUUUCCGGUGGGGAGUCCAGAGGGCUGAGCUCCCCUCCUCAUAUGAUCUCCAUGCUCCUGAGUACGGCAGGUGGACAACUCAGCAACACUUGUGAACGUGAAGUCCAUGGCAAGAUUUAUCAAGCCCAAGAUCGUUUGUCUCCACCCAGUCCGAAGUCUGAAGCCGCUCCCGUGUCUCCCGGUGCUUUGUCCCUGCUGCGGCAUAUCCCACCGCCUCCUCCACCCAAGAACCCGGCUCGCCUGAUGGCGCUGGCGCUGGCUGAGAGUGCGCACCAGGCAGCCUUGCAGCAAAAGCGGCAGGCCAGCCUGAAGCAGAGGGAACCCCGGACGCAUUUCCGGCGCUCUCUGUCGCUGGAGUGCAAGGCAGGCGAGCUGACGAGCGGCGCCCAAGCGCUCUACUCCAUGGUGCGCCCCAGCCCCAAGGCGCCUGGCCUCUCCCCUCUCCAGGCACAGGCCAGGGGUAGGAGCAUCGGCAGCCAAAGCCGCAACCUGAAGGCAGGCAGCCAGGUGCCUCUCAGCCAAUCUUCUCCCUUGGGUAGCUCGGAUUCCUUUUCCCCUUUCAGGAGGGUCCUCGCUGAGCUAGACCAAAGAGACCCCCCCUUCUCAGACCCCUACCACCUGUCCUCCCUGUCUCCUGCCUACGGUUUGCAUCCCCCACCUCCUCCCCUGUCGGCCCCCUACCCAGCUUUCCGCCAGCCUCAAGACGCCUUUCCUUCCUCCAGCCCUUCAGCUGCCCCACCUAAGCCUCCGCCCCCUCCCCACUUUCCCAUCAUGACCGGUCACUUGCCCCUCAAAACGAGGUCCUCCACUUUUCAGCCCUGCCUCACAGACCAUCCUCUCCGGCCUCACAGCCACUUCCCAGUCUCCUCUCGACCAGGGGUCAACGGGAGCCCCCCUUCUCAGCUGGAGCACGAGAACCUCUAUUAUGAGAUUGUAGGGGAACCUCCUGCCUAUCCUGGCCUGGCCCGCCCCUGGCCCUCUUGCCCACCCCCCGAGUACCUGGCCACUUUCAAUGCCUCCUACGGGGUCUUUGAGAGGCCCUGGCGCCAGGCCCAUCUCCCUCCGGCUGCCUCCUCCUCUCUUCAGCCCAUCUUAAAGAACUCCCAGCUGCAAAUCCAGUCGAUGCCUCCUGCAGUCACCCGUCAGGAGCCCAUCUACGUCAACGUGCCCUUCCCUGAGCCCUCCUUCGUCAGCCCCACGCCGUCCCCUCCCCCCGAAGCGGCCCAUCCCCGCAGUCAUUCUGACCCGGGAGCUCCUCAGGCAUUGCCCCAGCCCAGCAGGCCUCCCCUGCCUCAGAAGCAGAAGCUGGCAUGGGGCUACACACCCUCAGGGCAACACCGCCAACUGAUGGACGUUUUGCCUUGCAGUCGUGCCGUGUGGCAGUUCUACCGCCCGCCCUCUGCGUGUUGGGGGCACCCCUCUUACGGUCCGGAACCCAUUAUCACUUACGAUGGUCCCGCCCCCCGCUCGGGGAGCCAGGCCUCAGCCCCCUUGCAGAAGCUGGAUGAGUCUUCCCCACAGUAUGGCAAUGUGGAAAGGAGAGAGGGCCCUCCAUCCGGGUGCUACCUUGGACCCAGCUGGACAGUGUACGCUGAGGGCCAGACGCACAGCUACUGCUGAAGGACAGGCGGUGACCAGAUGCGCAGUUUGGAUCCUCGGGGCUGGGCUCCGGGUUUUCCUGCCCUCUUCCUUGCCGGUAUUCAUGGAAUCACACAGUACGGAUUGUUGUGAAAGAAAUAAAAGACUUCGGAAGGACCUCUCCGACUAGGUUACUCCGAGGUCACGUCUUUGGGCUCCCACAUUGGGCAAUUGUGUCUGCCACCUUUGGAGGACCUCCUUGUGGUUUGGAGAGCACAUGAUUCUUUCAAGGCAGGUCCUACCCCUGCAGGAGGUUCCUCUCCAGAAAAUCAGCAUGGAUACCACACAGAAGAACUUAGCAUGGACAUCAUACCGAAGAACAUUUGACGGCAUCAUUUCAGUCUGUGGGGUACCAGAAUGCCUCCGCCAGUUCCAUCGUGUGUGUCCCACCUUCCAGUUUCGGUUAUGCCCCAUGUUGCUUUGUUCCACCUUGCCCUCUUUCCCAACUAUGGACUUCUAACCCCAGAGGAGAGUGUUUGGUUUCAACGGGGAUGACUGCAGCCGAUUCCUUCCGGAUUACAUCACCUCGACCACUUUGGCAACCUGAGUCACAAUAGGAUGCUUGGGAUCCAUCCAGGGCUGCUAUAACUGUGCCCAUGUCGUGCGCUGAACAGACACAGAGAGGCGCUGUGGACCAUGUUUCGCUCACCGCUGGGGAAGACUGCAGGCUUUGGAAGGGAGAGAGAGAGAGAGCCGUUAACACCUACCCCACAUCUUUGUUCCUCUUCUUUUCCAGCAUUCAAACCAAAAUAGUUCUAACUUGUAAUAAGCAUCCCUUUUAACCCAAUUAAAAUAUUAACCACCUUCCCCCUGCUGGUUUUCCCUGAGAUUAAGCCAAUUCCUGGAAGAAAGCCAUCCCCUGGGCUGGGACAUAGAUGUCCAAGGAAAUACCGUAUAAGAUGCCACCAAGGAAGACAGACGGCCACUCCUGCAACCUCCUCUUACAAGAGCCCACACUCUUUGCAGCUAGUCAGAGUGGCAUGUUGAGAAAAAGCUAGGGGGAGCAUGUUGGUCUCGUGCAUUUCUGUAUUUAUUUAGGAUUUUGGAAUGUGUGUGGUGUGUGUGUGUGUUUUACAAAAGAACUGGGAGAGAGGGGCAAGGGGGGAGAGGAGGAGAAGCAUACAGUAUGCGCCUAGCAUGGGAGGGCUCAUGUGUGACUAAGUUGCAGGCUUGAUGGUUGCUUGGGAGCAGGGCUCAUGUCUACUUGAUAUGUGCAUUCGUGUCUGGAGUUGGCGCAUGUGUGAGUGCGUGCGUCUGUAAAAGUGAUUGUGCAUGUUCCACAAGACAGUAUUUUAGAUAUACUGGGUAGGAGGAAGGGAGGGAGGCAUUUAUGCCUUCUUCCUCUUGAGGACCAGGUUGGGCCAGUUUCUCAAUUUUGGCCAUUUUAAGGAGUUUAAGAUGCAUAUGGUGACUGGGGAGUGCUGGGAGUUGAAGUCCACGUGUCUUAAAAGUAGCCAAGGCUGAGAAACACUAGGGAAAGAAGAAAAUCCCCCUCCCUCCCUCCAGCAUCCCCCUCCCCAAAGCACUUUUCUAGGCUCCUUUUCAAAUUAUUAUAUUGUCAGAUUUCAUUUUUAAAAAAGGGGUGGGUGGGUGUAAGGGGUGAGGAAACAAAACAAGCAACAAUGGUAAUGCAUCACGGAGAAGGAAAACAUAUAUAUAUUUUUCCUGAAUGCAGUCCAAAUUUUAAUUCAAGCACUUUGGGAUCUUAUUGCUUUCAGAGAGAGCCAAGCACAAGUUUUAAGCUUCUUUCCCCCUGAAAUCCAUAGCCUGCUCCUGGGCACGCUUGCUUGGAAGUCAACCCCACAAAGGAAUGCAAGACUGGAUUUGUGCACAAGAAGAUGACAGCCUUAAUUGUGUUAUUUUGAAGCCUCCGUGGGAUCUUUUUUUGGGGGUAGGUGGGUGGGUAAAGGGGUUGAAUUCCUCCAGAGUGUGGGAUCUUGGCCACCCCAGCUGGCUGGCACACUUGGGUGGCAAGAUCUAGAGGUCCUCACUAGAGACCUUCCCGGCUUGUCAAGAACUUGAUUCAUCUCUACAUCAGAAGGAUAUGCAAUUGAGUUCCAACAUCUUCAACUCCUCCCAUAAAACAGCUUUCGGCGUAGAAUGUCUCAACCUGCGCUAAGAGUUUUCAAUCUGGGAUUGAUUCCCUCCUCGUCAUACCGAUCGGUUCCACAUCUGGGUUUUAACACAGAAAUUGCACUAACUUUACCACUUUUUUUGUAACAAAACAAAACGAAGCAAAAACACCACCAUGGUUAAAAACUUCCCAGUUGUCCCACAUUCUCAAUAGCUUAUUAUAUUCCUUGUUUCUCCAGGAACUUGAAAACAUUGGAGAGCUGUUC